AUGUAACGACGCCGGUGGCAGCACUGUUCGCGAACGCUAAUUUGUGUUGAACGACACGUAUUUCGGUUUUCGGUACGUGCCCGUGAACUGAUCCGUACGUACGUACGACGAUAGGUAUUUCACACGACGGCGACGAAUCCGAGAUCUGGGAGCCGUUUUUCUCACAGAAAAGGUGAUUGUUCAGUACAUCGCUCAACAUACUGGCUAUGAAAAUGAAGAUUCCGAACGGUGGAUCAGGAAGCGGUUAUUACGGGCAUGAAACAGGUAUCACUUCCUACAUGGAUAACAACAGCGAUACAGAGCCUGAGGUGCAAGGAAUAGGCGAUGGUGAUUUCUCAGAAUAUCUGUGGAUGGAGAAUGAGGAGGAAUUUGACAAACAGGUACUCCAACAAUUAGAAGAGGAAGAAUUGAUGGAGGAAUGUCUAGAAGCAAUGUUAGAAGAAGAGAGGCAACAUCAGAGGAAUAUGAAUUCCACAGCUUGGUCCACAGCUACUGGCACUUCUGACAAUAACGCCGCUGAGCUUUGUCAACAACUUAGCAAUCUGAGAAUGCCCGACGAUCUUGCUAAACAGAGCACGCUAAAUCCAGAUGCAGCUGAAUUUAUUCCGGCACGCAAAUCAACUGUGGUAUCUGUAAGUACAUCGUCAGAAACUACAGUCACCACAGAACCAUCGUAGAAAUCUUUUGUAUCUUUCUUCUUGUCCCUCCCUGUUUAAGUCACGUAAAAUCGGGCUACAUGUAAUGUUUAGAGUUUACUAUUUCUAAUCUGAGACAGUGGUAUUAUAAGUGGAUCGUGUUAGAAGUUCAAUGACUGUGACUGUACGUACAAAGAUAAAGAGAGAUAAAGAGCGCGAGCUGUGCUGCAUGGUGCGUAAUGUGCGUCAUCCAAACGUAAUGCCAAUUACGUAACCUCCGGGUGAAAUACUUAAAUGUAAUACCGAAAUUUUUAUAGACAAAAAAUAUCGAACGUGAUAUUGCGUGGGAUAAUUAUGUAUAUGUUUUUUGCCGAAAAAUAUUAACGAACGAUCGUGUAUAAAAAUCACUUGUUAAAAAAAAUUUGCAAUUUAUAUCUCUUGUUCAAUGCCGUUUACAUCAAGAAUAGGUUUUCGCGGUGGCAGAUAUUUUUAGCAUUUUUAAUUUAUAUAAAUUACAAUCAUUGCACGGGAAUAACUUAUCUUGUAUGGGAAUAACUUAUUGUUUACACACACAUUGAAAGAACAGAAGGAAUAGAAUGCAUGGAUCGCUUAGACAGAAGAAAGUCUCAUAAGUUUCUAAAGUAAUGUAUAUACACACACAAGCAAGAACAUACACACAUACUGUUUUGUAAAUUAUGUUCAUAUCUUAUGUAUAUGUAUGUCUCGAUCAAAUCCCAUCAUCGUGGAGAGUAAACCUUUUUAUCUUUUUCAUCAAGCUGUAAAACACAAUUGUAAAACUUUUUACAGCCUGAAAAAGUGUUUUACAGUUUGGUGUCCAUCUGCCCAAUGAAAACUUUCCUUAAGAGUUCCUUUUGUAAUACUUAUAGCAGAGAGAAUGAAAUAUUUACAGAAUCAUUAGCAGGACAUAUUUUACCAUGAUCAUAUAUUGAAGAUAUGUUAAUAAUAACAAAUAUUUUGCUUCCGAUAGAUGAAUCGACAAUUGCAAGCGUAUAAAUGCGGAAAAUCAGGAUUAUAAUUUGUACAAAUAUAUUGUUUCGCUUAGAAAUUUGCGUAAGAAAGAUAUAUUCGAGUACUAUCACAUCGAGUCCUGCUUCAGCAUUCAUUCAACAAACUUAAAGAUCUCAAGUGAAAGUCUUACUUAGGCUGUGAGGGACUCUUUUUAUGACUCUUUUAGUGACACUGAGAAUCAGGAUACUAUUUACUUAUUUUUUAAAUCAAUUUCCAUGAGAUACUUCGAAAUUUCAGGAGAUUAUAGGUUGUAGUGUAAUCUCAAUAUGAGAAUAGAAUAAAUGGUGAAUGUACUUCAAAUCCGCUUGAAUAGCAAGAAGAUUGAUUUGACUUUUGCAUAAUAUUUAUACAUAUAUACUCAUUAUUUACGAAAAGAGAGAGAGUGGAUAUCACAUCACAUCACAUAUUUAUACAAUAUUUGAUAUUUCUUCUCGUAUCUCUUGUGAUUUCUCUUAUGAAUAAUUUGUUUUACUUGAAAUAACUUUUAAAUCAUGUCAUCUCGUAAUCCUCCUUUAAAAUUUGAGAAAAUAUUGAAUUAUAUCCUCUGUAAAUUUAAAAUCAAACUUUUUGCAAUCCAAGAUUAUAAUAACGAUUAAAAUGCAUUCGUGCUUACUUACUUGGUGAUAUCUGCCAUUCUUUUUAAUGAUUAUGAAUAAGUGUACGAGUUUUAAUAAGAUCUAUAUAUUGAGAUAUCUAUAUAUUGUUUCGUGUUUGCGUUCUAUAUACUUUAUACGUGGUAAAUAUAUGCACAUUGUUUUAGUCACAACCUGGUUUAGCAUGAACGUAGAAACUGUGAUUAUCAAAAAACAGCGCGUUACUAAGUUUACCGAAUAUUAUUCACAUAUAUGAGACACAUUAUAUUAAUUUUUUACAAUCCACUUUGGAAUCACUUUUCCUGUCGUUUAUUUUAUACACAAGAAAUACGAUAUUAUUAAGCUUAUAAUAUACACUCUCAGUUACAGACUUAAUUGUCAAAAGAAUAAAAAUUAUAAAAAACGGCAAGGCGCGAGACUCUGGGAAUAAUUGAAUAUUUUAUGAUGUGUUACAUUUAACAAAUUAAAGAUGACACAAGGAGAUUACGAAUUUUGCGAUGCUUAAAAAAAAAAAAUCAAAUCAAUGCGAGUCUAAACUAAAGCAGAGACUGAUUUCACGUCCAUUCUUACGUCAGCUUUAAUACCUGAAGUAGAUCGUAUAUAACCAUCUUUUAAUUAUUACUUUACAAUCGCUAAUCUAGGCUCUAUGUAAUAUAGAAAAUUAUUUGCAAUAUUAUACUAUCCUGCAUAAUAUUGAGAUAUACCGUUGAUAAACUGAUAUUGAUAAAAAUAUGCCGACUAUUAUUCUAUAUUUAAGGAUUUAUUGAUUAAAAAAGAAAUCUAGUUUCUGCUAUAUGUCUGUCUUAAAACUUCGUUUCUUAAAAUUUUCACAACAAAUUGAUCUUAUCUAU